AUGGAAGAUGAAUACAAAGAACAGGUAAUUCAAAGUCGGGUAAGAGUACUAUAAAGUAAAAAAAAGACUAAAAAGGGAUAGAGCUCGAGUACGGGGUGAGAGAAGCGCCAAAGAAGGCUUGAGCAGUAAGGCUAAGGUAAGAGUCAAGACUAGGAUAAGACCUAAACUUAGAUAAUGGUUAGGUUUAGACACUUUUAAGGUGCGAUUAGGGUAGAAUAAUAGAAUAUAAUAUUGUAAGUACAUGGCAGUGAUAGAUCAAAGAUACAUUAUAGUUUUUAUAAUGCGUUACCUUGGUAGAGUACAGUUUAAAAAAACAUUAUUAUACUACAAGUUUUACAUUAUAGGCCAAAAACCCUUUUUAUCCAAAAGGUAACGUUUUGACACAACAACAACUUCAGUUCUACAACGAAAACGGGUAUUUGCUGAUUAAAAAUGUGUUAUCAAAACAAGAGUUACAAAAAUACCGUAACCGCUUUCAAGAUGUGUGUAAUAAUCCUAAGAUACUGCCAAUAGAAACAUUGUUGAUGAAGGAUAUAUCUACAGCCAAAAAGACAAAAGAACUUAAUGAAGGUACUAUUUUGAGGUUACAAGACUUUAACAAUGAUCCAGUACUCUUUCAAUAUUGUCAACAUCCUGUGGUAAGGUUUUGAAUUCAUUUUUGUUGGCUUUAUAUAGUAUACUAUUCUACGUACUAUCGUAAUUACAUUUAGUAUUCUAUUUACUAUUGUAAUCACAAUAUCUUGAUUGGCAUGCUAGUUUAACAUAAUCUUGUUUAGAUUUUAGAUGUAGUCCAAGACUUGAUAGGUAAGAAAGAAAAGUCCAAUUUUAUGGCAAUGCACACUAUGUUCAUUAACAAACCUCCUGAUGACAAAAAGAGUUUAUCUUCUAGGCAUCCUCCACAUCAAGACCAAUAUUUCUUUCCGUUUGGGUAAGGGCAAUUUAUGAUAGACUAAAAUAAAUUUCAGUGUUAUAGAGCAAAGCAGUAAAAUACCGGCUCUAAUUAAAGUUUUACGGGUUUGAGAGAUAUUUUGAUAGAAGAAAAAUAGAGUAAGAGUAUUUUAUUUCUACAGUAAAGAAAGACAAGGCUUAAUAGACUAUGAUCAAUAAGAGUACGUAAUAGUAGAGUUAGGUAAACUAAGAGUCGAUCGAUGUAAAAUAAGUUACAAAACUGUAGUAUAAGACGGAAUAAAAGAGCCAAAGUACUAAAAUCACUAUAGAGUAAGUUAAAGUAGAACAAGAUACCUGUAGACAAAAAACAAAGUUUGAUAGGUUGUUUUGGUAUCAAUUAGAGCACAGAAGGGAAGGGCAAGAUAUAAUUAAGCUGAACAUAAUAAAGGCAAGUACAGUAAAUUAUUUCCGAGUUGGAUAAGACAAAAUAAGAUAAAGUAGAGUACACUAAACUAUUGUAUGGUAAAAUCGUAUUGUAAGAGUAAGAGUAAGCAAAAAACAUUAGAGCAUUCUACCUUACCCCACCCUACUCUACCCUGCCGUACUCUACUCUACCCUAAUCUGUCUUAUCUUAAUUUACUUUACCUUAGCUUCUCUAGUUUUUACAUACUUUACUACUUUUAGCCCAGCCGACUACAUAACUUGUGCCUGGACAGCAAUUGACCAUUGUACUACAAAAAAUGGCACGUUAUUUGUCUACCCAGGUAGUCACAAACUCCACAGUCAACCUCAUGACUACCCAAAAUGGCAAAACGGAGUCAAUAAAGGCUUUCAACAAAUAGCGACUUUUGACACCAACAAUAACACAUCAGUUAACAUUGAAUGUGAACCAGGAGACACUUUGUUCUUUCAUCCAAACUUAGUACAUGGUGCUGGGCCAAACUCAAGUAGCAGUUUUCGAAAAACAAUAAGCUGUCAUUAUGCCAAUGCUGAUGAAUGUAGAUAUAUUGAUGUGUCUGGUACAUAUAGAGCAAAUGUAGAGAAAGAAGCGGUUGAAGUGUUCAAUUUGCGGUACAAAAGGCUUGGAAUUCCUUUGGCUAGAGAUUGGGGAGUGAGUUUUUUAAAAUUUUUGUUUAAUGGCUUGAUAUAAUCGCACUCCUAUUUUAGGCUUAAAUGGUAUUAUAUAACUUGAAGAAAAAUCUUUUUUUAGCACUUAUGGAGAAUGCGAACCCGACCAGUCAAUGCCAAAAGAGCGCAUCUUUAA